GUUCCAGAUGCAGGAUGUAGCUGAGAAGUGCUGCUACCUGCUGGAGGCCAUGCUGACACCUGCUAACUGUCUGGGUCUGUGGCAGCUGGCUGACACUUUGGACCAGGGAAGUUUCCUCCUGAGGGCACAGCAGUACGCACUGCACAACUUUCAACAGGUAAUGCAGCAUGAAGAGAUGCUUCAACUGUCCAGCCAACAGAUUGUACAAUACCUCAGCCAUGAUGACCUUUGCACCCCAGAUGAACACAUGGUGUUCACUGCUGCCAUGAAGUGGCUGGAGACUGAUACACACAGGAAGGCCUGUAUAACCAAACUCAUGCCCAGUGUCCGGCUGGAACAUGUGACCCCAGAGUUCCUGGUGAACUCUGUCGAGACUGUGCCGUUCAUCAUGGACAACUCAGAGUGUGCUCAGUUCAUCAGCGAGGCCAAGAACUACCACCUCAUCAGGGUGGUGGAGAAGGUGGAGCCAAAGUACAAACCCAGGAAGAGUUAUACCACGGUUCCAUCAGGGAAGGGAAUCAGAGGGAAACAACUGUGGGCCCAGGUUAGAAAGAUGGGAGGACCCAAAAACAAUCCAAGCAAGGGAAACUUGGGUAUUACAUCUGCAGCUCGGCAGUCAGUGGCAGAAGUAGGGUACCAGCUGUGUAAGCCUGAACAGCCCAGUAAUGUCCUGAAACUGCUGUGUCAGCAACGCAAGGACGCAGAGAUGACAGACAUUGCUGUCUGCUGCGAGGACAGCAACUUCAACUGCCACAAGGCAGUGUUGGCUACCAAUGCCUACUUCAUGGCCAUGUUCUCAGCCGACAUGAGAGAAAACCAGAAUUCUGAGGCCAUCCUCAAGGGUGUUUCCCCUGAUAUUGUCAGCAGACUGAUUAACUAUAUCUACACAGGAGAGAUCACCAUGACUACUGCCAACGCCCAGGACCUCCUGGAGGCCUCCUGUCACUACCAGUUCCACGCUGUCAGAGAAGCCUGCUGCACGUUCCUGCAGGCUAACCUGCACCCUGCCAACUGUAUCGGCAUGUGGCAGUUUGCAGAGGUUCUCGCCUGUAACCAGCUACAGGAGGCAGCCAAGCAGUAUGCCCUGCACAACUUCCCUGAUGUCUGUGUGGAGAGUGAAAUCCUUGACCUGCCGCUGGACCACAUGUUGGAAUACCUGUCCAGUGACAAGUUGUACGUAAUGGAGGAAGGGACGGUGUUUGACACAGCCAUGCGGUGGAUGAACCACGACCUUGCAAAUCGAAGAGACAAUGUGAGAGACAUGCUGGGCACGGUCAGGCUGAUAUCCGUACAUCCGAGCUACCUGCACAACAUUGUGUCAAAGAACAUCCUGAUCAAGCAGUGCCCUGAAUGCAUGAAGCUGGUGGAGCAGGCAAAGAACCAUGUCCUCCUGCAGGACUGCGGCUCGGAAUGGGCCAAUCGGGCACGGAUGAGCAAGCCUCGUGACUGUGUGGGGAGGAGCGUCCUGGUGAUUGUCGGAGGGAUGGUGAAGGUGGAUCGUAAGGAGGUCAGCACCGACAAGUUGAUUUACUAUGACCCACAGGACCCCAAAUGGAGACUUCUGGGUAAGUUGCCGGUUCCUCUCCUUAGCCCCGGAGUGGCGGCCACCAGAAACAGCAUCUACAUCACCGGAGGGAAGGCCAUGCUGUCCAGGACAGGAGAAGAGGACGACACAGUCACCAACAAGGCCAGCAUGUACAGCCUGGCCAUUGAGAGGUGGCUGGAGCUGGCUGACAUGUUGGAUGCGAGAAGGAGCCAUGGGUGCGUGCUCCUGAACGGGAAAGUCUACGUGGUCGGUGGGCUGGAUCAACACGACGUUGUCAUGGACAGUGCCGAGGUGUAUGAUCCUGAAAUCAACCGGUGGGAGAGCAUCAUGCCCCUCUCCAGGGCAGUGUGUGCAGCGGCUACUGCUGCAUGCCAGGGUCAGCUGUACGUGAUCGGGGGAAGCACCAUGUUCAACCCUAUUGUUCCCAUCAACCUCAUACAGUGCUUCAGUCCUGAAACUGGCAGGUGGAAGUAUGUGGAAUCUUCCUUGGUGAACCACAUCGGAACCCCCGCUGUGACCAUGGAUGGGAAGAUCUACGCCAUCGCGGGAGCAUUCCACAACCACGUCAUCGUCUUCAGCCCCGACACCAACCAGGUCACCAGGGUUGCCAACAUCAGCAUCGUACGGGCUCUGCACUCGGCCGCCAUGUUGGAUGGUAAGAUCUACUGCACUGGCGGGAUAAGGGAUGCACCAGAGGUGGCCGAUCCAUACAACAGCAUGGAGUAUUAUGAUCCUGAGAGCGAUACGUGGACUGCAGCAGGUAAAACUGAACUCCUUUCCAUGUCUUCAUUUCUUAUGUUGGGUGUACAGUAAGACAACAUGCAGAAAUGUAUCUUAAUACGAAAUACCAGGGAUGACCAAUAUGAAAUCACAAUUGUGUGUGAUCAAACCAACAUGAUGGACACUUGGAUGAAUGGUAUGGAUGAUCUGAUGGAUGAAUGUGGCCAUAGGUGAUUGGACGAUCAGACACUGUCAUACAGAUAAGAUGGACAAGACACUCACUGAGAAUUACAUCGUACGUAUUAAGUGAAUUUUGGACCAUCAUUUCCAGUCAUCAAAGAGAGCAG